AUGACAAAGGAUCGUUUGAGCGCGCUUAAAGCGGCGCAAUCCGAAGAGGAUCAUGAGGACGAUUUGGGUGCGACCGAUGGAACACAGGGACAGUUCAUGGAGGAAUUCUUUGAACAGGUUGAAGAGAUUCGCGGAAGUGUUGAUUUGAUAGCGUCAAAUGUUGAAGAGGUCAAGAAGAAACACUCUGCGAUCCUUUCGAAUCCUGUCAAUGAUCCGAAAACGAAGGAGGAAUUGGAUGAGUUGAUGGCGAACAUAAAGAGGACUGCGAAUAAAGUCAGAGGCAAACUCAAAUUGAUCGAGAACAGUAUAGAGCACGACGAGAGUGGAGGAAUGUCGUCGGCUGAUCUGCGUAUCAGAAAGACACAGCAUUCGACGUUAUCACGGAAGUUCGUCGAGGUAAUGACGGAUUAUAACAAAACGCAAACGGAUUAUCGAGAACGCUGUAAGGGUCGCAUCCAGAGACAAUUGGACAUUGCUGGCAAGCAGGUCGGAGAUGAGGAUCUGGAAGAGAUGAUUGAAUCGGGUAAUCCUGGUGUAUUCACACAAGGUAUAAUCACAGACACUCAACAAGCACGACAGACACUGGCUGAUAUCGAGGCGAGACACAACGAUAUCAUGAAGUUGGAGUCGUCGAUCCGUGAAUUGCAUGACAUGUUCAUGGAUAUGGCGAUGUUGGUCGAAUCGCAGGGUGAAAUGGUCGAUCGAAUAGAGUAUAACGUCGAACAUGCCAAAGAGUUCGUCGAUAGAGCCGUUGCAGAUACCAAAAAGGCAGUGCAAUAUCAGAGUAAGGCGAGACGGGUGAGUUCAGUUAUGACUUUGUUUUUGGUGCAUGGUUUAGUUAUGCAUCUGCCAAUAGCUUGCUUAGUUCAAGAAGUGGAUCGAGGGAUGAUUAGUAGAUAUUGA